CAUAUACAUACAUAGUGUGCGUUCAAAUAUAACUAUAAAAAUGCAUGAAAUUAUUUUGCAGUAGAUAACACAGACAACAUACACUGUUGAGAGAUUUUAAAUCAUGAGAAAUUUAGUACUGCAGACACUAUGUUGCCUUCUACUCCUAUUACCUUUUAUCAAUGCAAGUAAUGAAAAUGAUCUGAAUUCAACACUGGACGCAUACGCAGAUUCAUACCGUGAAGCUGUGGAUUAUAAAUUUCUCAUGAUUGAAAUUCAGACAGGCGAAGAUCCUCAGAAUGUCGAAGGAAUAAUAAAACCUGAAAUCCUGAGACUUGAACACUUAUAUCAAAGUAAAUGGGCAAAGGAAUUUCUCGAAUCAAUCGGUGCAGAAGAUAAGAAGCUGGUGAAUUUUUUUAUUGGUGGGUAAUUUCUUCCUAAAGUAAUAAACAGAAUGAAUGUAACAAAUCAUUUGGUAUCUGACGACAAAAACACCAUGUUACUGUUUGUGAAAUGAACGUCAGCUUGAAAUCAUUUCGUGUGACAGAUGUCACUAAAGGUGUUCAUAUUGAUUUUUAUUUGAUAAG